AUGGCCGGCGGGUUCGGUGGCGGCGGGGCGGCCGUCGGGAGGGCCGAGUUCUACGAGGGCAAGAUCACCGGCUACUUCAUCCUCGCCUGCAUCGUCGGAUCCUUCGGCGGAUCCCUCUUCGGCUAUGACCUCGGAGUCUCUAGUCAGUAUCCCUUCCUCAUUCCUCCCCACCCACUGCUCUUUCUUCUUGCGAUUUUUCAUACGUACCCUGUUCUUCCUUUCCGUAGUUCGUUUUGUUGA